AUGUCAUCAAGCGAAGAGGGACAAGAUACUGAAGAUAGGCUGGGAGCAGAGGCAUACCUUCGUCCGUUAAUCACGUCUUUCAUCUCAAACAUCGGGUACACAACGGCACCAGUGAUCAGCGAUGGAACAUAUUGGUCAGCUCUACAUCAACACGCAAUCAACACUGUAUAUGUCGGUAUCUAUACCUGGCUUGCCGUUGUCAUUGACGAUGUAGCAUGUCGGUCUUUGGAAGAUUUCGAGCCCUUUCACGAACGCUUCGCUAGCGGAAAGCCUCAACCGACGGUUUUUCUCGAAGCUUGGGCAGGUAUAAUUCAGUCGGCUUUUGAUUACUGGGACCCUAUGGUAGCCAACUUUAUCGUCGCCGCAUCCCUUGACCUUCACAACGCGUGCGUCUUAGAGGCGCGUUCCGAACUCCGACGCCUAGUACGAACUAAAGGGGGUCAGAGUUUGGCCUGGUACAUGCGUAGCAAGUCCGGCCUUGCGGAUGCCUAUGCGUACUUUACAUUUCCCAAGGCCGUGUAUCCUGAUAUAUCAUGUUUCCUAGAAGCGAUUCCGGACAUGUCUGCUUAUUUCUGCCUUGCCAAUGAUGUGUUGUCGUUCUAUAAAGAAGAGAAAGCAAAAGAAAAGGACAACUACAUCAACUACAGAGCUUAUUACGAAGGAAACGAUCCCCGAACGGUACUAGGAGAGGUAAUUGGGCAGACACAAAAUGCCGUCAAGCGUAUGCGAGUUGUAGUUAAGGGGCGAGAGCCGUAUGAGCAGGCUUUGAACAACCACAUCCUAGGUUAUGUAGCGUUUCAUACUCUGAGCGAUCGCUACAUGUUGUCAGAGAUUGGCUUGGGAGAGGAUGCAUUCAGUGUGGUUAAUGGUAAGGUUCUUUAGUUCGAGAUGUAGGCAAGCGACAUGUGUAUAUAGUACCUAAUAAAUACUGUCGUCGAA